ACAGAGGCGUCUACAAGGCUGAGCGGAGACUACGAAGGCGGAGAGACUACAAGUCCCAGGGGGAGAGGCGCGACCGCCUGGAGGGCGGGGGGUACGAAAGAGGAACGCGAAGGGCGCCGGGGCCCGGGACCAGGGAUCUGCGGCUUCUUAGCAACCCCACCCUGCCCCCUGAGCACUGGGCGACAGGCUCUGGAUGUCUGCAGCUCCCAUCCCAGAAGGCCAGACCCUGCGCUCUGGGACAUGGAGCUCCAGCGCGCUGUCCUUCUGGUGGGUCUCCUGGUGGAAGUUGCUAGCAAAUCCUCAGAAAGUGUGGGCCAGCAGCCUGAAUGUUGUGUGGACUUGGUGGAUGUCAACGCCACCUGCCAGAGCACAAGCCCGUGUGGCCCAGGCUGCUACAGGCACCGGAACGAAGACGGCAGUAUCAGCUGCGUCCGAUGCAGAAAUGGCACCUACCACGGCUCCGAAUGCAGAGGCCGCACGUCGCUGCCCGGCCGCCCCGCGGCACCCCCCACCGGGCCCGCCUGGCCUGCUUCCCGCCGAGGGGCCUCAUCUCCAAGUUCUGGAGGAACGGCCGCUGGCUGGGGCACGCACUUCCCGGUGAACAGGAGCACAGGGACACCGGGGCGGCCUGAUUUCGGGGGCCCUCAAGUGGCAGCUUCUCUCUUCCUGGGGACAUUCUUCAUCAGCUCUGGCCUCAUCCUCUCCGUGGCUGGGUUCUUCUAUCUGAAGCGAACCAGUAAACUCCCCAAGGUCUUCUACGGAAGAAACAAAGCCCCUGCCCUGCAGCCUGGCGAAGCUGCUGCUAUGAUUCCCCCGCCACAGUCCUCAGCACCCUGGGGCCGUCAUAAUAAAUGCCCGCGAACUGCAACUGCGGGGCUUGAAGCGACAGAAAUGCACUCGUCCCAGCUCAGGAGGCCAGAGUGCGGAAGCCGCGCUAUGUCAGACGCGAGCGGCCUUUGGACAGGGACACAGGCCCCACUGCCAUCUCCUCGGUGGAGGCCCGGGUCAGCAACGUCUGACCCGGGGACCCACCCACAACUCUGCACACCGCCUCGGAGAGAGCCCAGCACACAGAGGGCAGGUCUGGACACGGCCCCUGGCUCAGCUUGACCGUCUCCCAGCGACAGAUGCCCAGUUGGAACCCGCCCAGCUGCUGGAAGCACUAGGAGAAUCACUGAAAGCCGGAAGAGUCAGAGGCCAGCAAGAGGAAGCACUCCAGCAGCAUUAGGAGCCUGCCAGGGUGAGGACAGGAGGCCAGCCAAUCCCGGAGGCCCCAGGCCACGCCCCUGGCCUGCAUGACCUCGAGUGUAUAAAUACACCUGCCAGGAGUCCACACCCAGAGAACUCACACCUGCUCAGACGGUGCUCUGCAUCUGGAAGAGCACACACGCUCCCCCGAGCCCCACCUGCCUGGGAUAGAGAAGAGGGCACGCUUGCCAGACCGGUGCCACCAGGACAGCUGCUGGCAGCCUCUUCCGUAGGGGGACGCCUGCCAGGUGGAGCACGGGCCGGCCCUGCUGGGCAGGAGGGCUCAGGGCCUGGCCGUGGCCCAGCCAAGAGGAUCAUGCCCAGCCCUUGCUGAACCCCGGCCACCAGGUAAGGCCAGCUCGGCUGGCACUCACCCCUCACUGGUACAGGCUCAGGGUGGGGUGCCUCUGAGGAGGGCCGGGACCUCAGUGCCAAGGAACUGAUCAUGUGGGGGCACGCUGGCCUGGAAGAGGUUAGCCCGCGGUCCCCUCCCAGGCCAUGCCGAGGCUGCUGCCGUCCCCAAAAUGUGGUGACAUUUCAUGUUGCAAUGCUGGGAGCACUCGUGACAUCACGGUGACCUCACCAUGAUUCACGGUGGUCACGGUCAUCAUGCAGCAACACCCAAACCUUCAGGACACAUCACCACGGAGUCAUUCCGCUGGUCCACCUGGAUUAACCAGCAAGUCAGGGUCAGGGGUCACGUUUGGGGGCGGGGGGGAUUCCUUCUGAGCUCCAUGGGGUCUGUCCACUGUCCUCCUUGCCUUUCCUCCUCCAGGCAGGGCCCUGGGCAGCAGGCAGGUCACCUGAGUCCUCCCCGGUGAACAGAGGCCCGGUCUGCUGUGGAAAUGGGGAGUCAGGAGGGUCAGGAGGGUGGCAGCUGUGUGCCUACGGGACCCUGCAGGGGGCCGGGUUAUCCUGGAGGAUGGCUGGGGCUCCUCCACCUCUGGCUCCCGGGCUGAGGUGCAUUUCCAGGCCCCGAGGGCCAGCAGAAAGCCCUCGUCACAGCCGGACAUGCUGGCCCUACCGGUUCGGGCAAGGCUGGGAAACGAACCAUCCUUAGGACGCCGGCCCCCACCCCUGUGCGGCCGGCCCUGCUUGACUUCCCAUAGCCUACCAGCUCAUCCUGGAGCCUAGACCGAGUCCGGACUCUCACCCAGUUGGGCCUGGCACCCUGCCCUCACGCACCUGCCCGAAAACUGGAUGUGUACCAACAAAUCAGAUCCCCGUGUCGGGAUCCAUGUUCAAACCCAUCUCGUCUGACCCAGAGUCACACUCUUCCAGCGAGAGCCCAGGCCCUGCCGACCUCUUGGCCAGGUGACCCUGGCUGAGUCACUCCACCUUCUAAGGUGCCUUUUUUAUACCGUGGCUCUUGUGUUACGUGACCUGGGCCCAGUGUGGCAGAGCCCAGAUGUCAAUAGUAACGAUUGUGGGCCAUUGUCAUCAACUUUAUUUCUGCCCAGAUGGCACAGCCAG